AUGGAGAAUGACACUGAAUUAGAGGAUAAUGACUUCGAUAUUAAUGGUAUAUUUCCCACAUGCACAGAUGUUUUCGAUUGGAAUAUACACGCAAUAAGACGUCAAGAUAUGGCUAAUAAUUUUACACAGCUAUGUAGUAAUUUUUAUAAUAAUGAAAUGCCAGGCAAGCAUUCUACAGCUUUUUCUCAAGUAUGUCGUGUUCUUGGUCUAUAUUUAAAUCAUAUUCAAGUAAAUGUUGAAGUUAGUAAAAAAAAAGAUUGGUGUAAAUUAUUCUAUUAUAAACUGAAAAAAGACAUAAUAGAAAAAUAUCCAUUAGAAAAAUAUCCUGGCGCUAAAGAAUACUAUCAGAAAAUGACAGAAAUAUAUAAUAGAAAAUUUGAAACAAGGAUAUCUAAUAUAUGUUUGAAAUAUUUUGUCAAUAUUGAUAAAGACACAUAUAAAACAUUGGAAUAUUUGUUUGAAAUAUAUAACUGUAUUAAUGUGUUUAAAAGUAAUAUUAAAAGGACCACUGAAAAUAUGCGUAAAUUUAAAGGGUUCAUAGAAAAAUUAGAAGGACAUCCAUAUAAGUAUAAAAAACAACUUAAGGGAGAACUCGAAAAAAUUCUUAACAUAUGUGAUGCCUAUAUAAGAGAAUGGGCUGCUGAUAAAGACUUUGCAAAGCAUGCAUCAGAUCUCCUAACUCGUAAAAAUUGGAUAGAAAAAAGAAAAAGUAAACUCGAGGAAUUAGAUAAGGAAACUUUGAUACGUCAUGGGACUGAUGAUGCAAAAAAUUUAGAAAUAGAGCAGCCAAAAGUAAUGGAUACUCCAGAUUUAAUGAGGCAUGUGACAGAUGAUGUAACAAACAAUGGAAUAAGUAUUGGAACGGUUUUUAUAACUUUUUCAAUAUUAAUAAUAAUGUUUAUUUUGUACAAGUAUACCACUUAUUUUUCAUUUUUACAACCAAAUGUAAGGAAAUUAAAAAGAAAGUUGAAUAAAAAUAACAAAAAUAAUCUGGACAUUAUGUAUCCAUUUGAUGUUGAACAGAAAAAUUUAAUUGAUGAUAGGUACAAAAUAGCAUAUAGCUAA